AUGUCUCGCGAGUCUUCAUAUCCGAGCUAUUUAGUACGUAUCAGGCAAACAAAACACAUCCUGCUGCUCCUCCUUGGGGAUUCCCUUUUCAGUCCUGGAAACAAUAACUACAUCAAGACUAACGCUGAAAGUCAGACCAACGUUUGGCCUCACAGAGAAACGUACUUUGAGUAUCCAACUGGAAGAUUUUCCCAUGAUCACUUGAUCCCGGACUUCAUCGGUAAUACAGGACCAAUUUGUGGAGUUAGCAAACUUGUGGAUGCUGCCGCGGCCUUUCUUCUGCCUGGAAAUUACGAGUUCACGGUAAUGCUGGAAUUCUCCUCUUCUACAGGUUAUACCUUUGAGCGCACAGCAACAAAACUUCAAGAAGGUGUAAUUGGAGUUAAGGCGAGAUUUAGUACUGAGAAUCACAUUCCUGUCAAAGCUUCUCACAGGUUUCAAGAAAGUGUAGUCGGGGGCAGUCCUUACCGGGGAAUCUUCAGUUGCGGGGGUAAGAGAACUGUGAAGGAGUACGUGUUUGUUCAAGAACCAGAGGCCUUACAACCUCAGAACAUUGUUUGA